UUUGCGUGGAUAUCGAAUUUUUAAUUUUGGAUCUCAAAUUUUAAUCACUUUUUUAACAUCCAGCGUUUUGAGUCUCAGUAAAAUGGAUAAUGAAAUGCAUAUAUACUUUCCAAGUUUUCAUCAUGCUGUUGUUGCAGAUGAAGAUGUUACACCAGACAAUAUUUCUAACAAAUGCAGUGUUUUAAGGUCAAAUCAUUCAAUAUUAGUUCUGUCUGGAAAGUUUGAAGGAAUACCAGACAAUUUAGCAAUUAAUUUCAUCACUUGGCUGCUCCUUUUAAUAAUUUUCACUUUCUUACGAAAGAGAGCUUGGGAUUAUGGCAGAAUUGCUUUAGUGCAGAAAAAUGAACAGAGAUGGACACAACUUUUUUAUGGAGAUGUCACAGCAUCAUCUCAUCGGUCAAAUAACGAUGAAAAUGCGUUUGAUUCUAUUGAAAUAGCUCUACAUAUGGAUCAGGGCAUAUGUUCAUGGUUAAGAGCAAUUUUCCUGCUUAAAAAUGAGCAGAUUUUGAAACGGAAUGGUCCUGAUGCUAUUCAAUACUUAUCCUUUCAGAAGCAUAUUAUUCUAUAUUUGAUAAUUAUUUGUAUCGUUUGUUUAACUGUUGUACUUCCUGUAAAUUAUCAAGGCAAUUUAGUUGAUGAUGAGAGCAAAUUUGGGCGUACAACAUUAAGCAAUUUAGACCCAGAGUCAUCUUAUUUGUGGGUCCAUGUAGGAUGUUCUUUCUUAUUUCUUGUGCUUGGCACAUAUAUUUUAAAGCAUUUUGCUGGUAAUUUAAAGUUUAAUGAAAAUGAAAGUGUGGUAAAUAGAACACUGAUGAUUUCUAACAUACCAAAAGAACUAUGUGAUGAGCCUUUUUUAGUUCAACAUUUUCAAGAUGCUUAUCCUGAAUGCCAAGUAGAAAAAGUUCAUCUUGCUUAUGAUGUUAGAUUUCUUACUAAGCUGGAUUCUGAAAGGGAGACAUCUACACAUGCAAAAAUUUAUUGUGAAAACAUCCUGAAAGAAACUGGAAUCAGACCUAAAAUGAGACCAUAUGCUUGUGGCCAAAUAUGCAUUUGCUGUUACUGUGAACAGGUUGAUGCCUUGGAUUAUUAUACAGAAGAAGAACAUGCCUUAAAUACAGCUGUUGACAGACAAAGAUCUGUUGCUUUGUUAAAUCCUGUUGGAGUUGCUUUUGUCACUUUAAAGAAUGAAGAAAUGACUAAAAGAGUGUAUAAAUUUUAUCAAAAGCAGUGCAAAUGCUCUGUGAUCACUCCAUCUCCUCGUUUUUUGAGUCAUUGGAAUCCCCAUGAAUGGAAUUGGAAUGUUGAGUUUGCUCCUACACCUGAAGAUAUAUUCUGGGAGAAUCUCAGUGUCCGCAAAAGUCUCUGGUACAGUAGAGCUGUCUUCACUAACCUUGGCCUUUUUCUACUAUUCUUUUUCCUCACAACUCCUACUAUUGUUCUCAGUUAUUUAGAUGUAUUAUACACUCCUGCAGUGAAAAAAAUUGUCAGAGAGACACCUGUAGUUAAAGACUUUUUCUCAACUUUGCUGUUACUUUUGUUUUCAUCACUAUUGCCUGUGAUCGUUUCUUUUUCUGAGCGAUUUAUUCCACAUUGGACAAGAUCAGCUCGCAACUACUCAAAGAUGGUUAGGACAUUUAUUUUUCUCCUAUUUAUGGUUGUCAUACUUCCCCUUCUCCAAUUGACAAGUGUAAAAGCUUUGUUGGAAUGGACUAUUAGACAAGGUGAAACUUACAGAUGGGCUUGUGUGUUUCUGUCAGGAAAUGGAGCAUUCUUUGUAAAUUAUGUAAUAACUGCCAGUUUUAUUGGUACAGCAUUAGACCUUAUUCGCUUUCCUGAGUUGUUUAUGUAUGCAUUUUACAUUUUCUUCUCACGUUCUCGUGCUGAGCAAGCAGGCCUUCGAAAAGCUGUCUUGUGGGAAUUUGAAUUUGGUGUUCAAUAUGCAUAUUUUCUUCUAAUAUUCUCAGUUACUAUAAUCUAUAGUGUGUUGUGUCCUUUGAUUACUCCAUUUGGUGUUGUAUACAUGCUACUGAAACACUAUAUUGACCGAUACAAUAUUUAUUUUGUCUAUGGUUCAUCCAAAAUAAGUCACAAGAUACAUGCAACAGCCAUAAAUUUUGUGAUGAUUUCUAUAAUCCUGAUGCAGAUGUGUAUCUUCUUUUUUCUCUACUUAAGAAAUGGUUGGAAUCAGAUGUCCAUUGUAUCAUUGGCUAUAUGUUUAGUUACUGUUAUGAUUUUCAUUGGACAAGUUUCUUUCCAGUGGUUUCUUUUCCUAAGUCCAGUUGCUUACAUGGCUACAAUUAGUAAUCCUGAGGAUGAAUGUGCCCCAAAAUCCACCCUGGAAUUAUCUCAACAGAUACUGAAGAAUUAA